AUGACGCUUUCUUGGCCGCUGGUCGUCUCCUUUCUCUCCUCGGCGCCGCUCCUGCUGUGUGCGACGGGUUUGGUCUUCCUGAUCCUCGACUUCUUCGCCGUUUACCAGCUGCGGAAGAUCUACUCGCCUUCCGUCUCCGGAACUCCCUUGCGGCCUCGACAGGACGAGGCGCGCCAGGCCUUCCUCGGCUGUCCGCCGCCUGAGAGCUCCCCAUACACCGAGCACAGCCUCGCCGCUCCGCGGCAUGGCGAGGACUUGCCUCCUUCCGCGUUCUGCACAGACUUUCCUCAGCCGCCAUUCUCUCCAGAUGAGCAUCCCUUCGACAGCCGAGGCGGCGGCCAGCCCUACCCCCGCGCUGGCCCGCUCGAAGGCGACGCGCGAGACGACCGCACAGACGAGGACGAGUCCGAGUCCAACCGGCGACCGGGCAUCAGAGCGGCGCUCGAGCAGUGGAGUGCGCGCGCGCUCCCGCACGGCCUGUUUCGAUUCCAAAGGGGAGACGAAGGCGCCUCGCCCAGCCUCGCCGUGCCUCCCAGCCUCACCGGCGGCCAGACCCGGUCUGCGUUCAUGCUCCUCCUCUCGGCCGCGAUCCUCGCCCGCGCGCUCUCGCUCUUCCUCAUGGCGUGGAUUGUCGCGGACGAACCAUUGACGCUCCAGAACGAGGAGGCUGUCGUGCCGCCUUCCAACGCAGACGACAGCUCUGUCCCAACAACCAACCCCGAGGCUGGAGAUCCCUCUCGCACAGGAUCGUUUGAGUCCUCGCUGGACCGCGAAUGGAUUUUGCUCUUCCUCGACUCUGCGCCGUCUCUCGUCUUUUUCUCUGCACUCUCCCUCAUCGUUCUCUUCUGGGCAAAAAUAUACUACGCUGCAAUUCUUGUCGCCUACCCUCAUUUCGAGAAAGGCCCAUGGCUUUGCUCGGGAGGGCUUCUUGCCUUCUUUCUUUUGUUUUUCACUCUGGCGGUUCUUCUGCAAGCGAAGCGAUCGGCCACUCGCGCGUUGCAGAUUUUGGCCGCUAUCCUCUUCGCCCUCGCUGCAGGCGCCUUCUUCGUUUACGGAACAAAGGUUGCAAAGAAGCUGUCGGAACGCAGCAAAGCUCCGUCAAGAAAGAAGAGCAUCGUCAGAAGGCAUAGCAUGGACUCGACGGUUGCGGCUCCGUUGAUGCACCAGAACUUCUACCCCCUGUUGUCGCCUCCAGCGUAUGUCCAGCCUCCUGCGCUCUACGAUUUGAACGUUCGUCACAAUGCAGCGGGAGGCUCUCAGCGAGUCGGCGCAUGCGUCUCCGGUAGCGCCCCGGAUGGCGUUGUCUUCCAGUCCUACGCUCCCUAUCCUGGCGGCGGAACUUAUUCACCAGGCUACGGGAUGCCGCCCUACAACGGACCGUACUAUCAACAGUGCUAUCCGCCUCCCGCCCUCUAG